UUAUUAUUCAUUUUCUCUUGUUCACGCUCUCCAUUGUGCUAGUAAUGAGAGUGUGUGGAUGCGUCUUAAAUUGCAGAAAUGGUUUAUUGUUAUCUUAAAUAUUAUUAUUUAUGAAGUAGGCCUAGAAUGAUUUGAUCGAAAGCAAAUCGUUUAGUGGGAAUCACUGCAUUGACAACAUUCUGUGUUAACACAAUCCAUCUUAACCAGCCUCACCUCCAACAUGUUCAAAUCACAGCAGAAAGUGUUGAAGUAGUUUCAUUUACCUCGAUGACGUGCGUUCGUGGAAGCUGGGAUGACUGACACAUGACAAGGGCCCCUGUCACCAUGACAACAUGCUCUAAUGGAGGCCCCUCCUCCUAAAGUACAUAACCCCUGUCUCUGAUCUGGCCUGCACUUGCUCCAUCUCUCUGCUGCACCGAGACUGCUGUGGGGAGCAUGUCCACUGACUGUGUGAGGUCACUCUCAGACAAAGCCGAACACACACUCACCAUGCACGAACAUCUCUAUGGGAACGCUGAAAUAAUGGACAAUCAGAAGCACAGCUCCGAGGAACAUCAGCAGGACAAACUGGGACAGAAGAAACCCCGCAGGAAAGACACUCCCGUUCUCAACAGCCCUCCACUCAUACCAGGCGUGAGAUUGAUGAAGACAGAGGCUCGAAUGAUUCAUCAGGAGGAUGAGGAGAAAGAGAUGAAGAAGUAGAUGCGUGUUCGAAACAUUCGGUUUUCACUGUUGUUUGUGUUAUUUUUGACCGUUGACUGAGCCUUCAUUAAAUGUAGGUUUUGCAGAUAUUUUUUUGAGUUG